UCCUCCAGGCUUGGUAAGCACGUGGUUCCGGUGUGAAGCCUCUGCAGCCCAUCAGGAGGCGCUAAUUCUCCAGCUGUGGAUCUCCAACCUUCAAAGCAGCGGAGAAGCAGAAAAUCCACCAGCAGAGAAACAGAAGACCUGCUCUGAUCCACCAGAGAAGAAGCAGAAGAUCUGCUCUGAUCCACUAGCAGAGAUACAGGAGAUCUGCUCUGCUGAAGAAACACAUGAUGUCCUGUUAGAUGUCUCCUCCUGGUCUUAGUGUCCACUUUCCUACUUUCCUUCAAACUUGCUUCCACAAACAGAUCAAGAGGUCAGCAAGUGGAAAACAUCACCUUGCUGAAAUCAGGAGGAAUCAAAUACGAGAAUAUGGAGUCCCAAAGAAGUUCGGCUGCUCUGCAGACGUCCUCGGGUGCUCUCCACACUGAUGUAUCUCACAGACGAAGGCAGAAGAGCACCAACGAGGAGAGAUGCCACCGCUGCUUGGAGUGUGGGAGAAGUUUUACUAAACAGAGUGGUCUCCUAAAACACCAGCAGAUCCACGAAGAAGAGAAACCGUAUUCCAGCUCGGAGUGUGGAAGAAGUUUCAGCACUGGGAGUACCCUCAAGAAGCACCGAAACAUUCAUACGGAAGAGGUCCCAUAUCGGCACUUGGAGCGUGGGAAGAGUUCCACACCACAGAGUGAUCUGCAGCUACAUAGAGAGAAACCGUAUCACUGUUCACACUGUGGAAAGAGUUUUAACCGGAGAGGUAAUCUGGAAACACACCAGCGCAUCCAUACGGGAGAGAAACCGUAUCAGUGCUCAGAGUGCGGGAAGAGUUUUCAUCAACGGGGUAAUCUCCAACUACACCAGCGCAUCCACACAGGAGAGAAACCUUAUCAGUGCUCGGAGUGCGGCAAGAGCUUCAAUCAGCAGAGUCAUCUCCAGUUACACCAUCGUGUCCACACAGGAGAGAAACCGUACUGCUGUUCAGAGUGUGGGAAGAGCUUCAGCGAUGGAAGUGCCCUCAAAAAACACCAGAAUGUUCACACGGCAGAGAAGCCGUAUUACUGCUCGGACUGUGGGAAGAGUUUUAAACGACAGAGUGAUCUACAGCUGCACCAGCGCAUCCACACAGGAGAGAAACCAUAUCACUGCUUGUACUGCGGAAAGACGUUUAGACAAGCAGGUACCCUCACAAAACACCUGCGCAUCCACACAGGAGAGAAGCCGUAUCAAUGCUCAGACUGUGGGAGGAGCUUUAGUCAGAACAUUCAUCUCCAAGCUCACCAGCGCAUCCACACAGGAGAGAAGCCGUAUUACUGCUCGGAGUGCGGCAAGAGUUUUAAUCAGCACAGCAAUUUCCAACUACACCAGCGCAUCCACACAGGAGAGAAACCUCAUCACUGUUCGGACUGUGGAAGGAAUUUCAGGUUCUCUAACACGUUAAAGACCCAUAAGUGCACUAAGAGGGAGGCGCUGUACAUCCAACAGCCUAUAGACGCUGGUUCCUCCAGUGUUCCUUCUGAAAUGAAGGGUGUUGAUUGUGAGUUUGUGCUGCUGUAACAGCCUCUAGUCUUUUGGGAAGGCCUUACAGCUAGAUGUUGCAACGUUGCUGUGAGGAUUUCAUUGAGCAUUAGUGAGGUCAGGUACUGCUGCUGGAUGAUCAGUUCUUGAUCACUCCAACUUAUCCCAAAGGUAUUGGGUGGAGCUCCAUCACUCCAGAGAACAUAGUUCCACUGCUCCACAGCCCAAUGCUGGGGGGCUUUAUACUACUCUAACUCACACUUGGCAUGACUGGUAUCUUAGUCAUGUGCAGCUACUCCAGAGUGUCCCAUUCUAUUCCUCAGUACUUUUCUAUGAUUAUACAAGCUGGGUCAGUAUUGAGUGCAGCAGAACUCAAUCAAAAAAUGCUGCUUGGGACUCCCAAAUGGUGUAACUAAGGCUGUGUUCAGACUACAGGGGAAUCGGAUUUGUGAUCAGAUCAGAUUUGUGUAUCCAGACAUCACCAGCAGAUCUGCUUGGGUUACUCUGGUAACAAUGUAAGCGUGACUUUAUUUUAUUUUUUUUCUUGAAUCCCAGCAGUUCCAUCACUCUGGAUUUGCCAUUGUCGUUGUUUGCUGUGAGUGACACAAAUGACACUUUAAAAUCCAAUUUGAGUAUCCAGACUGAGACAUACCUGUGAAAAUCCGACUGCAGUUGCACUUAAAACCACCUCCAAAUGUGGUUUGAAUCCAAUUUGAAAAAAUUGGAUUUUUUUUUCUUCUUCUGUUAACAUAACAGAAUUACCGUUUAGUGUUCUUUUCAGAGUGUGCUCAUUACCAGCCCCUUACUGUGUUGAAGUUCAUGUGUUGGAGCCAGGAGAAUGCUGAAAGUGCAGGGCAGUGGGCCUCCAGGACCAGCACUGAGAAACACUGUUCUGGUUAUCAGAGGAACCAUGACUAAACUGAACUGUCUGGAUAUUUUAGACACUAACUGUAUGUUCUAAUGAAAACAGCUGUUAGCAUUGUGAGAAAAACAUGUCCUGACUUUCUCUUUCUUGUGUGAUGAUUGUGUAAUUCUUAUACAACAGAGUGUUGAUCCUUAUUUGACCUUCAGAACAGCAUGAACUGGCUUGAGCAUGAGGUUCUACAAGACGCAGAAUGCACUGUUCCUUUAGUUUCUCCAUAGAGAAGUGACUCAGUCGCUGCAAAUCGGACGGCUGAACAGUCGCACUGUGAGCAGAUCUUCCACCAAAGAUGCUGGACGGGGUAGGAGAGGAAUGUGUUCCUGUAAGCCUGCAGUGAUGAUGUGCACUUUGUGAUGUGCUGUGUUAUUGUACUGGAAGUGUUACUUUAAGUGAGGAUAAACUGCACCUGUGAAGGAAA